AUGUCGGAUCUUGAGACUGGCGGUCGACCGAUCUACAAGGUCUAUAAGCGUCGCUUCUGGGGUCUGGCCCAGCUGGUCUUGCUGAACAUCGUCUGGCUGACGUUCUCGUCCAUCUCCACGACAGCCGCGGAGUACUUCGAUGUCUCGGAAAGCGCAAUCAAUUGGAUGAGCACCGGCUACCUCUUCGCCUUUGGCGUCGUGAGCCCUCUGGUCAUUUGGAUCUUGAACAAAGGUGGCCCCAAGCCCGCCAUAGUAAUCACCGCCAGUCUCCUCCUGGUGGGCAACUGGCUUCGGUAUGCAGGCACGCGAGCAAAUGGGGGCAUCUUCGGCCUGGCCAUGUUCGGUCAAAUCCUAAUCGGAUUCGCUCAACCCUUCUGCCUCUGCGCUCCAACCCGCUACAGCGAGCUCUGGUUCUCCGAUCAAGGUCGAACCAGCGCAACCGCCGUCGCAAGUCUGGCCAAUCCCCUCGGCGCAGCCCUGGGUCAACUCGUGGAUGCUGAAUGGGCCACCAAACCAUCCGACAUCCCCAACAUGGUCUUAUAUAUCUCCAUCAUUUCCAGCGUCGCAGCCAUUCCAUCAUUCUUCCUUCCAGCCUCACCACCCACACCAGCAAGUGCCUCCUCAGCAGAGCCACACACGCCCCUAGGCGUCGCAGUCCGCCAGCUCAUCACGACCUGGGAAUUCUGGCAAAUCCUCAUCCCCUUCGCGGUGUAUGUAGGAUUCUUCAACAGCGUUUCCUCGCUGCUGAACCAAAUCCUCAGCCCGUACAACUUCACCGAGACCGAAGCCGGGAUCGCAGGAGCCAUACUAAUCGUCGUCGGUCUGGUAACCGCUGCAAUCAUCGCCCCAAUCACAGACCGCUACAAGCACUAUCUCGGCAGCAUCCGCGUGCUAGUCCCCAUCGUAGCAGCGACGUAUAUAGGGCUGAUAUUCUCGCCGUCCAGCGCAGCAGGAAUCGCACCAUCAUAUGUCGUGAUGGCUCUGCUGGGUGCAUCGUCAUUUGCACUCCUGCCCGUGGUGCUGGAGUAUCUGGCGGAAAUCACGUAUCCGCUGUCCCCGGAGAUAGGGAGCACCAUCUGCUGGACGGGUGGGCAGUUGCUUGGUGCGUGUUUCAUUCUGAUUCAGGAUGCGUUGAAGGCUGGGGAUGAUGCGCGUCCGCCUUUGAAUAUGCGGAAUGCCCUGAUCUUCGCUGCUGUGGUGGCGUGUGUGGCGGCACCCUUUGCUCUCACGAUUGGCUUGUUCAGGGUUGUGCAGAGGCGCAGACUGGAUGUUGAUCGUGGCGUGGAGCUGGACCAGAUGUCUGUUCUUGAUGAUCAGGUCAAGAAGAUUGCUUCGGGGGGUGAUACUGAGACUUUGAUCAAGUCUUAG